UUUGAACCAGCGGGGAAAGGGAGCUCCACGUUGCUGACGCUACGCUGCGUAAUCGAAGGCAACCUCGCAAAGGUGUUGCCCUCCACAGAACGCUUCGACGAACGACGAUAUCGAAAUCAAUCAACUUGCUUCUCGACGAAAGCUUAACGCCUUUUUCUUUUCGUUCACCGCGUUACUCGCGGGAAAUACCCGACCGUCUUCUGUAAACGUCGAUAGAAGACAGCAGUGCCGCAGACAUCCGUAACCGGUUGGCGACGGUUGUGAUGGUUUUCGUUCAACACACCUUCUGGACCGACAGACGACUUGGAGGCUGCGCUCACACUGAGGUCACGACGUUCGAAGACCCAAACUAGCCGCCGCGUGAGGCUGGCUGGCUGAUUCUGCGGGGCUCGCAAAACAGCGAGCAGCGGGAUGGAGGUCACCGGUGUGGCGCCGUCGCGAAAGUACGCCUGGGCCAUAGGGACUUUGUUUGUCAUCGGAAUGAUACUGAUUGGACAGUCGUCUGCAGAAGGCGCUAAAGGAGUCACUAUUCUGGACUGUAUCAGACAGGAGAUCCCGGCAACGGUUUCUCCGAAGUUCCAAGAGUGCGUGGACAACGUAACCAUUGGGAGCUUCUACAAAUUCAUGACCGGUUUGCAAUGCAUCCUGAGGCUCGCGAAUGCAAUUCGACCGGAUCGCUUUGUCGACACCGCACUGCUGUUCUCGGCGGUGGGGGACUUCAAGGGUACCCGGUUCGAGCUUGCAGUCGACAAGUGCGCCUCGCCGCCCAUGCUGGCGAUCAAGUUCACUACCUGCCUUUUCACUCGGUUUCAGGAGGUUUGCAAAACGAGAGUGAAGAAACCAGGAUAGUGAUUCCUGAACAUCUUUGCGGAGGCGUACGAAGCAUUAAUUGCUGAGCACGCAUCUGCAAGUCGAGGACGAAGCGGCAAGCCACGCGGCACUCCGUGAACAGCGGAGGUGCGCGGACAGCAGCCUCACAAGCACGUGACCACAGCACCGAAGGCGCCUGCGACAGUGAAGCGUGGGGCGUGGUUGUCGCAUCACUACAUUGGCAUCACUAUGCUUGUACUAGCUGAAAAACGGAAGUGUUGUCGUUACACUCAAUAACGCUGCUUAUAGGACGCGCCGUGUAUAGAUAUUUCGCACUAUUCACGACACUUAGAAAACGUGAGCCACCGUAGCACGCAGCGUAGGACUCGCCUUUGCGAAGUCGUUGGUGGAAGUAAGGCUUGAGGUUCCACUAAGUGCAUUAGCACCGGCGACAGGGAAUCGUUGUAGGUGUGUCGAGAAUCGGUUGGUAAAAAAUAGUAGUGGGCACUAGCCGAAACUUGCACUUUAGGUCUACAGACUGACAUUUUCGUAUAAAUGAGGAAUUGAAACCACACAAAUUGACGUUUAGAGAGCUGAUACGGUGAUUUGAGAAAUCAGAAGUAGAACAGAUGACAACUGUAAUAAAAAAAAGCGUCAGCUGAGAAGGAAGAAAUUCAGAAACGAGAUCUCCCCCCCCCCUCCCCUUUCUUGUUUUGGGAUAAAAAAUAGCAUCCGCCUUCAAAAAACGGCAGUAUUCUGCGCAGGAUCAUGGAAAAGUGAGCGGUUGCAGUUGAAGAAACGUCUGUCCUAAUUAGAGAGCAGAUAUGACAAGGGCCGUGCCAUUCCACUGAUUGACUGAAACGCUAGAUUUACUAAUAAACACUGAUAGCCAUGGAUGUCUCGCAGUGAAAUGCGGACUUUUUGUACAACCAGAAGAGCAAAAAAAAAA